AUGUGCUUCGGCGAUUCCAGCAAGAACAGACGUUCGGCACAAGCAAGGCCAGUCGAACUGAGACCCCCUGUACCUAGAGGUAUCCGGCACCCUGAGACACUGGAAGAAUUAGGAUACGUGGUGUAUCCAGCUGGAAUCGACGACAUCUCUGCUAUUCCAAGUGGGCCUGGUCAGGCAAUCGACCUCUAUACAAUCUAUCAUGUUGAUCGGGUCUUUCAGGGUCAAAACAUUGCGCUGCUUGGUGCCCGCGAGGAAACGGGCUUAUUGCUUGUUUACGAAAUCUAUACUGUCAGAGACCCCCGGCAUUGGAGUGAGAGGCCACGCGCCGCCGCCAUCUUUCUGAGCUUCUGGCACCGCUUUCUUGGUCAACGCAUCGAAUUGCUACGGACUAUCCUUUUCCAAACUGUUACAGAGCGAACCACGGAUGUCUUAAGGCGAAAGGUAUACAGGAAGAUGGGUUACCACCUGUGGGAGGACCUUGAUAUCCAACGUGGGGGUCGCCGCCAAGGAGAGGUAGACUCCUUCGACCAGACCUGUGACGAGAGCAAGUUCGGCAAGGGUAUGAGGCUUAUGGAGACAGAGAAUCAGGCGAUGAAGGACGCUGGAAUCCAUAUUUAUUUCCUCAAGUUCCGUCCACAUGACGACUCGGGCGUGUUCUACAACUUCGUCGUUGAGUUCCGAGCGCCUUCGAGCCGCCACCACCAAGGAGGACGCCGGAGACGUCAUUGA